CAUUGUCAAUUUAAUUACUUCCUUUUCUAAUUUGUUUUUCUAUUCUGUUACCCCUCCAAUCCAAUCUUGUUCUGAAAUCAUCCAAUGGAAUACAUCACCCUUUCUUUCGAUUUCCCAAUGUCUUGUAGUGUUCUGAUGAUUCGCUUUUUGCAGCGAAAGGGUUACAAUUAUGCCGUCUCUUCAAACAGCACUGCCUCCCGAACUUGCCAAUAACACCAUCCGACUCUAUCGCGAAUGUCUUCGUCGAACUAAGUAUAUUGGUAGUAAGCAAUACAACACAAAGCUACUCAUUGAUAUGGUAAGGCAGCAGUUCAGAAGGAACAUGCACGAGAAAGAUCCAGAGAAGAUUCAAAAGCUCAAGGACGAUGCUGCAAGAGGCCUCAUAAAUCACAUGUUAUACGAGUCUGAGCAGUUGAGUGGCCGGAAAUUCAGCAAGAGCUCAUAGAGAGCGUUUAAACCCUCGCAAUCGGCAGUUUCAAAGCACCUCGGCCUGCAUCUCUCCAUCGAUAUGAAAGCAACACUA